AUGUAUAAUUCUACAUACAUGUUCGAUGAUGAUUCUGAUGAUGAAAUCCCUACCCAACAAGCCAUUCAGGAAAGCUUACAAGAUAUGCAUAAAAUUGAAAAAAGUGGCAGUGCAACAGAGGAUGAAAGUUUCCAGUAUAUUGCAAGUAAAGAACGUGGAGAGAUAAUUGCAGCAAUUCGCACAGGCCAAGAAGAGGCCUUGAUGAAGUUGGUGAGGCACAGUUCUGCUUUUGAAGAAGCAGAUCAGCAAGGCUGGCUUCCUGUACAUGAAGCUGCAGCACAGCUAAAUAAGAACAUCCUUGAAAUAACUUUGAAAGCCUCCCGUGACGUCACAUGGGAACAGACUACUCUAAAAGGGGAAACACCUCUCUUGGUGGCAGUAAGAAAUUGCUUUGUAGACAACGUCCGCUUUCUCCUGCUCAAUGGCUGCAAUCCCAAUGUUAAGAAUGAAGAGGGAGAUUCUCCUUUAGUUAUAGCAAUUAAACGUGAUUCGUAUGAGAUUGCCUCCUUGUUGAUAAGUUCUGGUGCAAAAGUGAAUUCGCAGGGUGUCCACAAGAGGACUGCUUUACAUGAAGCAGCCAGACUAGGCAGGAAGGAUCUGGUGAAGCUCCUCCUUCGUUCUGGAGCAGAUCCUGACCCUCGCAGUGGAUAUGGGCUCACACCUCUAGCACUGGCUGCACAGAUCGGACAUACAGAAAUUAUGGAGCUCUUACUGCAAAAAGGUGCGGAUGUUCUUUCACAGGCAAUGGAUUGUGCAUCUGUAUUAUUUGAAGCAGCAGGAGGAGGAAAUCCAGAUUCUCUCAGUCUUUUACUAGAAUAUGGGGCUGAUGCCAACGUACCAAAGCACUCAGGUCAUUUGCCAAUCCACAGAGCUGCCUACAGAGGACACUUUCUAGCCCUAAAAAACUUAGUUCCAGUUACUACUUUGGAUGCCAUUAAAGAAAGUGGGAUAAGUCCAGUCCACUCAGCCGCAGCAGGAGCACAUCCUCAGUGCCUUGAGUUCCUCCUCAAAUCUGGGUUUGAUGCCAAUUUUAUGCUGGAUCAAAGAGUACGCAAAGGCUACGACGACCACCGGAAAUCAGCACUGUACUUUGCUGUUUCCAACGGGGAUAUCUGUUCAACGCAGUUGCUGUUGAAUGCUGGAGCCCUGCCAAACCAAGAUCCCAUCAAUUGCCUCCAAAUAGCCUUAAGAAUGGGCAACUAUGAGUUAAUGAAUCUCCUGCUCCGACAUGGAGCUAAUGUCAAUUACUUCUGCAGAGUGAACACUACACAUUUUCCAUCAGCUCUACAGUAUGCUCUGAAAGAUGAAGUCACGUUAAGAAUGCUGAUGAACUAUGGGUACGACGUGCACCGCUGCUUUGAUUGCCCUCGGGGAAACAGUUCGCAUUCCCAGUAUGUGACUGAUGGAUGGACUUCUACUGUUAUCAAAGAUACAAUGUUCUGUGAAGUGAUAUCCUUGUCAUGGUUGAAGCAUCUAUCUGGGAAAGUAGUGCGAGUAAUGUUAGAUUACGUCGAUCAUGUUAAUAUCUGCUGGAAGCUAGAAGCAGUUCUCAAAGAACAGGAACUCUGGCCAGACAUCCAUUUGAUUUUAACAAAUCCUCGCUCUCUGAAGCAUCUUUGUCGUUUGAAGAUACGGGAAUGCAUGGGCCGGUUGCGUCUCCGUUGUCCUGUCUUUAUGACCUUCCUUCCACUGCCCAACUGCUUGAAAGACUACAUACUAUACAAGGAAUAUGAUCUUUAUGGACAGGAAAACUUUACAGGAACCUACAACCUGAACUGUACAUAA